AUGGGCUGGGCGGUGGGGGUGCCGGCAGCCUCACGGGCAGCGGCGGCGGGAGCCUCAGCGGUGGUGGCAACAAUGCGUUCUCCACGUCGCCGUACGACGGCUCGGAGACGAGGUCGGGGAGUAGGGGGGAGAAUGGGCGUUAACGCCGCGCGACAAGGCUUGCCUUCAUCUGCGCUCUCCGCUCCCGCCUUCGUAUACUCCCCCAUACCCUCGCCAUCUGCGCUCUACUGCCGCGCGCGUUCUCGUCGUCGUGCUCAUUGCCGCGCCGUCCUCAUCUCACACCAUCUUGUGCCCCGGCAACUGCAUCUGUGUAUAUAUACCUCCGAUCGCCCGUCUUCGACUCUACCUUAUAGCCAGCGACUGUGUCGUUUAAAACGCCUGCGAUAUUGGACUCCUCGUCCCGCCUGUGAUGGACCUCUUCACAUCGAACCCAUGCACGCUCAGCAAAUGUAA